GAAGACAACUAGUUUCGCUGGUCGAACCAGGACUAUUUAGUUAGUGUGGUGAACGCUUAGAAGUUGAACUUGGAGCAGUUAAAGUGUGAAUUAUAUUAUAAGUAUAAUCAGUGAACCAAGUUUUUGGAACAUACUCUAAUCAAAAUGCAAGGUUAUCAGAAAAAUUUUGAAGACCAACAACGCGAACAACAACAAAAAGAGGAAACAAUUGUUGUGGAUUUAGUGCCCCCGCAGUAUCAAUUAAGUCCUCCUAACAGUCCACAAUUAAAUAUAUCGAUGCCAAAUACACCGGAUAAAGAAAUUUCAUCUCCAUCUAAAAUGCAAUUGCAACAGCAACAACAACAACAACAGCAAGCAGCAGCUUUAGCAAAUAUGGAUCCAAAUAUUCGAAGAUAUAGAACUGCCUUUACUCGUGAACAAUUAUCUCGAUUAGAAAAGGAAUUUUUACGUGAAAAUUACGUCAGUCGUCCAAGAAGGUGUGAACUUGCUUCCCAACUGCAUUUACCAGAAGGCACUAUUAAGGUCUGGUUUCAAAAUCGCAGGAUGAAGGACAAACGACAACGUAUGGCUAUGGUUUGGCCCUAUGCUAUGUAUGCUGAUCCAACAAUUGCUGCAACACUUUUGGCUGCUGCUAAUGCUACUUUACCUCAAUCUCCAUAUCAUGGAGCACCAGGAAUGCCUGGUGGACACCUUGGUGUAUCAUCUCAUUAUCCAACUGCUGCAGCUUAUGCUGCUUAUGCUGCUAAUGCAGUACGUUAUAGUCCUUAUCCACCAACGGGUGCCACACCUCCUGCCGGUGCAUCAGCUCUUCAUCGACCACAUCCUCAGGCUGCUUCAUAUAUACCACAUCCACAUCUUCUUCAACACCAUCAUUCACUUCCACCAUUGCAUUUAACUGGUCUUGGUGUUCCACCCGUCGCUACCGGCUUCGUUGGAACGCCCACGUCUCAAGCUCCAGCAUCUACUUCAGCAUAUAGACCUGCGCACCUUCCAGAGUUGAGUCCAACACAUUCAGAUACUUCCAGCGAUUGCGACUGCGCUGGAUCUGUGCAUCAUCAUCAUGCCCACCACCUUAUUAAUCGGGAAAAGACUCCGCCUUUGAAGCUUCCCGCUAGCCUCAACCUUCCUGGUCUACCAACGGAAAUUCAAUCAAUUCAAAAUGCUUUUGAAACUAAAACUAUUACUGGCUAUCAUCAUGUUAUUACACCCCCCGGUGUUCAAUCAACAAAAAUUGAAGCACCUAAACUAUUUCAACCGUAUAAAAGUGAUAUUUCGGAAAAAGCGUGAAAAUAGUCAUAAUUAGUUUUAUUAUUAUGUGAAUAAAAAUUGUAUAAUUAUAAUUGUAAAUAGAUAAUUGUAUAUAUAUAUCUAUAUAUUUAAGGAGUGCCAAAUUUUAAA